CAUGGGCCGCCUGCUGGCCCUGAUCCUAGCCUACCUGGCCUACCUGUUGGCUGCAGCCAUUUGCGCCGAGUGCCAACAGCACCGCGUGCAGCACGGCCCCUGCACCUACACGUUCAUCCUCCCCGAGUUGGAGCACUGCCAAUCCUUAAGGGACUUCCGAGUCAGCAACACCCUCCAGAGAGACUCCCCGUCUGAGACUGGGUCGGACGCGAGCAAAUCUGAUCAGAGCAAGGCACGAAUUAUGGAUCCUUCCACGCAGGAGAGGAAACUAGAGAGUCUGGAGAGUGCCAUGGAGAAUAACACCCAGUGGCUGCAGAAACUGGAGAACUUUAUUCAUGAAAACGUGCGCUCUGGGAUGGAGGAAAUAAAGAGGACCGCGGUGCACACCCAGACAGCUGCCAUGCUCGAGAUGGGAACCAACCUCCUCAGUCACUCCGCAGAGCAGACUCGCAAACUUACAGAUGUGGAGACCCAGGUGUUGAACCAGACGAGUCGUCUGGAGAUCCAGCUGCUCGAGUACUCACUAUUCACAAAUCAACUGGAGAAACACAUUAUGCUGCAGUCUCAGGAAAUCUCACGCCUCAGUGACCAAAACAGUUUUCUGGAGCAGAGGCUCUCGGCACUGGAGGCCCGUUACGGGAGGGAACUGCAGGGCCUGCGGAGUGAAAAGCAGCAGCUUCAAGAGCUUCUUGAGAGGCAGAUUCAACUGGUUAGUCAGCUCCAGGGUGAAAUGGGCAGCUCAACGCUCAACAGCACUUUGCUUCAGAGACAGCAGGCCGUGCUCUCAGACACCGUUCAGCAACUGCUGGCCAUGGUUGGCCACUGCAAUGAAAUCUCCAAUGUUCCGAAAGUGCAACAAACCUGUUUCAGUAACUGUGCAGAUAUACUUCAAUCUGGAGUCACAGAGGAUGGAAUAUACAACAUAUGCCUCCCCAACUCUACACAGACUGUCAAGGUCUUCUGCGAUAUGACGACCAGAGGUGGUGGGUGGACCGUGCUGCAGCAUCGGACUAAUGGAUCGGUCAACUUUCAUCGCAGCUGGAGCGAUUAUAAAGUGGGCUUUGGAGAGCUGUCUGGGGAACACUGGCUGGGAAAUGAUAUCAUUCACCAACUGACUAGUUCGCAGGAUUACAGUCUGCACGUGCAACUCAAAGACAGAGAUGGGAACGAAGCCUUCUCACAUUAUGAGCGCUUUUACAUUGACGGAGAAGACCGCAAUUACAGCCUUCAUGCCGAAGGCUUCAGCGGCACAGCUGGAAGAACAAGUAGCCUUACCCACUCGGGAACUCAAUUCAGCACCAGGGACAGAGACAACGAUCACUGCACUUGCAAAUGUGCUCAGCUGGCAUCAGGAGGUUGGUGGUUUGAGGCCUGUGGUCCGUCAAACCUGAAUGGCAUUUAUUACCCGGCGUCCUCCAGUGUGAUUCGCUACAAUGGCAUCAAAUGGUACUACUGGAAGGGUCCAAAUGUGAUGGCUACUAUGACAACCAUGAUGGUGCGACCAGCAAAGCUUUGAUGGCUCUAUUAUAAAGUAUGUACCACUAACAGGGAACAUUCUGAACAGUACUAAGAAAAAAGUUGGAGGGACUGUGGCCCAGUUGGUGCUUUUCAGCUUCCUGUGAUGGGACACCAGGAGGGAACGUUCACCACUCCCUGUGGACAUGCAAAGACUCAAAACGCAGUUUGCUGAAAGUCCUAGUGUGGUGUUCCAGAAACAAAACAAUGACUCUUGGACUAGGAUCAACAAAUAAUGUUUUGUAAAUUUUUCUUUGCCUGAUGAGAAGGGAACCAAAGUGAUAAAAACAAUAUGCAUUUGUCAAUCAUGCAGACUUCUAUCUUUAAAUUUAUUUGUUUUUCUUUAUGGAUUUUUUCUCAUCAUUGUAUUACAAUUAAUGUUCAUAAAAAACCUGUUCUUAGUCAUAAGAAAACUAAUCAGUCAUUCUGUGCAAUCAUCAAAAGUAAAAAAAGGUCUUUAUUUUGUAAAUCUACAAGUUGAGCCUUAAAAAACUAUUAUUUCAGACUGAUCCACCCCAAAAUGUUUGAGGGCCUAAUUCAGAUCUUAUCUAUUAAAGAAUUUACCAAUGUUAUUAAUUGCUCAAAUUACAUUUUUUCCAAAAUCUAUGAAGGCUAUGAUACCUAUUAACACACACAUGUCCAUUUCCUGUUUGACUUUGCAGCCAUUAUUUUCUUACUUUAUUGAAAACACAAACUACUUAAUGCCUUUGACCUCCAGUACAAUGGCUCGAUUAAUCAGAUGAAUCAUCCAAUAACACUGGCCCCAUCGGUUUAAACCUCAACCAACGGUGACCUGCAUUUCUGAUGAUACACUGGUGACGACUGCUAACUGGAAUCCACCAAUGGGGACAACCUUUUUGAACAACAUCGUCUAAUUGUUGUCAUUGAUUUCAUGAGGGACAGAAAAUGUCCACAAAUCCAUUUUCUCUGUUUAAUGUAGCUGUAUUAUACACCCUUUGAUUUGUAAAAGCUGUAAGUGGAAUAUAACUACAGAAAUUUGACACGGGGAUCAAUGGACCGUGACUGCGGUAUUGGUGUUUUCACACGCCUCGCUAAUUCAAUCUGUGAUUGCAAAAACAUAAAAGAUAUUUGUCUGAUUACGGGCAAACAUACGCUAAACUAAACUACAACUCCUAUUGAUUUUUUUCUCAAAGACCAGGAUCCAGGAUCCUCUGAUUUACCACUCUAUUAGGACACAUGCGGGAGGCCCGGGGGCUCCACGCGACAGUAAAAACUACUCAAAUGGAUAACAACGCUGCUACUGUAACCGUCUGUCUCAAAUGUGUUUAUAAAUAUAUGAUGCAAUCACAUCAGGAGCUGAGAGGCAACUGCUGAUAUAAUCUGAAGCAUAAGAAGCUGUAACUACGUGAUGCACUGCUCCUGACAUCGGGGCUGAACUGUGUGCACGGACAGAAACGCAUGUACCAACACACACUCACACACACCCGCGCUGCAUGCAUGCAGUGACCCCAUUGCUAGACAAGUUUAUUACGACCUCCAAGGGUUGGACAGGUUGUAGAUCACGUAGAGGGAGGCAGUGGGAGAAUCCAUCAAAGCGACUUUAAUAAAGACCACUUGAUUUGGCCUGCUGGCUUAACAGAUGAAAUGGUUGUGUUGAGGUCCAGUGAAGCAGGCCGCAGUCUGGGCCACACCGCAUCCCUGCUUGUCCCGGUUUAUUAGAUGGCUUACUUGUAGGCACAGCAGGAAGAGAGGACGGAGGUGGAGAGAGGGAAAAAGACAGAAAGAGAGAGAAAGAGAGAGAGAGAGAGAGAGAGAGAGAGAGAGAGAGAGGAAGAGGCUGCCACAUGUCUUUAUACUUGAUGUGUGAUUUACUUCAUGAGUAUACAGUGUGGGCCUACAGCUGAUGUCCACCCAGGCACACAGACCCAAGAGCAAUAUGCUUAAUAAUAUACUUACAGUGACAUUUUGUAAAGAUAAUUAUCUCAUUCGUCUCUGGAGACACACGUUUAUGGUGCUGAAUUUAUCAGCUGUGUCAAUCUAAUGAACAGUGAAAUGCAUUGGCCAAUUAAUAGUCCAUCAAGCUGGAGUAUGACUUGUUCUUGAAGGUGGUUCCACCACAUUUUAAGCCUUAUGAAGCAGUAAUUAUAUCCUUCUAAACCAUGUUUACAGAGGUAGGUAAAGGCAGAGGACUCUUUGUUUGAUGUCCUUUUCAUCCUUCCAGCAAAGAUUGAUGAUUUAAAGUCAUGUUGAAAAGACAGAUAUGACUUUGAUCUUAACAAUUUGAAUUUCCUUUUCCUUGUACAUUGAUGUUUAUCACAUUUUUAACCAAAGCUGAAUGAAAUGUAUUAUCACUUUCUGAAGUGUUUAAAUUAGGGAGAAAAAUAUAGAACAGGAGCUUAAUUUUCAUUAGUAAAUUUUAGUUAGAGUUUUUUUUGGCAUUUAUUUAUGAAGGGGCAUUCAUCAAUAUCACCUUUGGAAAAAUCAACAACACUGAAAGACAGAGAAAAAUUGAAACGUGUAGCAGGGUAGGUGUGGCAGGGGACAGUUAGGCAGACAGAUAACCUCACACACCAGAAGAUUUAUGGUCCUCCUCAGUCAGACAGAUAGAUGCAGAAGAGAGAGAGAGAAAAAUGUAAAAGGUGCAGAAGACAGAGAGGGAUAGAGAGAGAAUGGAAAAUCAGGAGAGCGGAGCCAAGGGCUCAUAAUUCCUCCACUCUUCCUGCCCCUGCCUCCCUUCCUUUGAUUCAUGAGGUGGGCUACAGUGGCCAGCCAGGGCAAGGACCAGGUGUGGUGUUUUGGCAGGAGUGGAAGAAGAGGCAGAGCCCGGUGAGUGAUUUGUAACAGGUGACCUUGCGCUUGUGGUUUACUGUGUCAGCAUGAUGCCCGUCGAACAGUGGUCAUCGAAAAAAAGGCAACACCGUCCAUAUGUCAGACUGCCAGGAUGAGAUGCAUCUACAACUCCUUUGGCUGGAGUUACUCUUGCAGACAGAGAGAGAAAAGGCGAGCUCUACAGUUGUUGGAAAAAGUUGAGGACUUCAAGCAGAAGGCGAAGAUGCCUGUGUGAGCCACUUGGGGGCAGUGGAGGCACAAAUGUCUCCACUGACAUUCACUUUUCACUCUUGGUAAAAGGCUGGUCUUCUCCUCCACUGCAGACCUGGGUGGUAAAUGUACUGUAGGUGUUUAUUUACACCCUCUGUCAUAGCACUGGCCAGCAAUUGGUCAGUUAAAGACAAGAAGGAAGGAGGAAGAUAUUUUCUUGCUUUAUCAUUGACUACGAGUAAAGUGCAGUUGUCUGUUAGCUUUGAAAGGUGAAGUAGUCAGGAACUUUUUAAAGAAAAAUAUCAAUAAAAAUGUACCCUCUGAGGCAUUCUGGGAUGUCAGAGGAAGUAUAGGAUACAUAGGAUUAGCAAGGCUGCCUUUACACUCCAGGAGAAGAAACAAGAUCAUGAGGUACAGUUAGCAUAGCCGAGCACUGGAGGACACUAUUGUAUUGAACCCUACUUUUAACGCACUUUUUUUUUCAGCAGGUUUUGUCAGCUUUUGUCACCUUAGCUGUUUUAUUAUUAUUAUUAUUUCUUGAAGCAAAACUGAUGAGACACACCAGCUCAUCAGCAACAAUUUACUGCCCUGCGUGCUAGGGAAGAGGUGUGGAGGGGCCAACACACGCCUUUAAUGAGGUGCUUCAUAAAUGAGUACUGCUACAUACUCAAUAUUAUCCCAGAAUACCUAAAUUUACAACACACAACACUGCGUAUAAGAUGAUUAAAAAAAUCGAUGAAAAGAGAGUCCGCUUGAAUAUUGUAUUAUCAUUGAAGACAUGUCGCUUUCAAAAAGUGACAACCAGUCGUCACAACUGGGUGCGGAGACAUUAGAAUGGUAACUGAGGACGAAAAAAAAAAAAGAAAUCCUGACAGCGGUGACACUUCUGCAGAUACCAGCAGUGGGCUUUAAACAAAGGAGGUCAGCAGAGAGUGACAAGUUGUUUUCAUGCUGCAUGACGGGCCACAAAUUUAAUAGAGCCGAAACGUGCAGAUGUCUGGUGACAAGUGCAAGUUGCACAUAUUCAGUUUUGGUUGCUUUCAUUUAAGCUUGACACUAGGCUGGUAAACAACAGGUCUGUGGUUAAACCAGAGUUUGCUACCUGCUGCCAAAUCCAUGCGUUCGUUUCUAACACCUAUGUUCCCGGUGAAGGCUUUUGGCACAACAAAUACAUCAUGUGAUACAAUGGAACAUCUGCAGAAACUGUGAGAUGCUCGCAAGUCAGCGUGAUCCACAGACCCUGCAGGAAACCCGACUAGUUGAAUCGGUGUUUCGAGACAUUUGAGCUUCUUUCACGGCAAAACCCAGCGCGGGAAACAUUCCUCUUUCUGUCAACGAAUCACAGGAAAUAACCGAAACCGAACAAUGUCUGUGAAGCCCGACUGUGCGAAAGCUCCACCGUCGUCCGAGGACCAUUAAAAACACAACACCGUGCUAUUCUGUCGUACAGGCUGAUGUGUUUCUUCAUUGUAAUGAUGAUGGGCACUGGGGGUUGCUUUAGGUCAGUGUUGAAAAAUGGCUGCCUGCGCAGGCACUGUUUGUUCCUGAACUGAAUAACAAUGGUGAAAGGUGCAAUGACGAGUCAGGAUUUUUGAAAACAUUGAGAAUUUAUGUUGACAACACCGGCAAUGUCUAAGUGAUCUCAUAUUUUGGCAGUGCGGUUAUGAAUGAAUCAGACUUCACCUGCUUAAUCAUUGUGAAGUCAGAGGGAAGUGUUUGUGACUAGUGUUUGUAUUAUUGUCUGAAAAUGUUAUGCUUUUUUUAAAAAGUGGAAAUUGUGAAACAAAAUGUGGAAAAUUGGAUAUAGUCUAGCAGAAGAAAUGAAUUACACAAAAUUCAGUGAUAAAAAGAUUACCCUGUGACCUCUGACACAAAAUAACUAAGAAGUUAAUUAAAUACAUAUUGUUGUUCUGUAAAUCAUUUGAUGGGUGUUAUUGGCAACUUCUUGCUCAAAUAAACACAUUAUUAUUACACAUUCGAAAUAAUUUUCGAAAACAUUUUGAAAUAGAACACGAGGCAGUUUUUUUCUCUAAUUCUUGUCCGAGUACGAUACAAAUCUGUUUUAUGAGACAAACAACAUUUCUAUGGAAAAUAACGUGAUACACGGGCACAGAGCAACAUACAGCAAUAAAAUCUGCAUUUUGCAUCAGGGCAUAAUCCUUCCCAUAUUAAAUGUGUCUGUAUUUGCUGCUUCUGCAGCAGAUGAAUUUGAAUCUCUUUCAUACUCCUGUCUAUUUGUGUGCUCUCCCAGUCAGAUAAUAUUUGACCAGGUCAUGUGGUUUGUUUACAGAGUUGACACCGUGUCACGGUGAAAAAGAUAUAAAAAAGCGCAAACCAAUAACGUGUCCAAUUUAUUUUCUUUUCUUUUUUUUUUGCAUACAACAGCCCAUUCGAUGCAGAGAUGCUCUGUCGCGAUUCGCAGGAUUACACGGCUCCUUCUGUUCAGUACCCAGCCAGCCACUGAACAGGUUUCUCAUUUUGCACGGCCAAAUGCCAUGAGCUCUGCAAUUACCGCUGUAAUUGGCUCAACGUUGGCCUUCAGUACUCAGAGUCCACAACAGCCAUCUGUAGACAGAUGUGAAUGCAAUCAAACAAUCCAAGCCCCUCCUUAUUGGUCUGGCCAAAGUUUAAAGUGGCAGUUUUCUGGUAUUCUAGUGCACCCAUUUUGAAAAAAAAUAAAUGCAUUGUAUCGAAGGCAGGUGAAUUUCCUUUGGGACAACUUUUACCUUUACCUUUAAACUUCACCAUUGUUUACACAUUAUAUAUAUUAUAAAUUAAAUAUAUGAGCAAAACCAAUGAUGGCUAAUAGCUUAGCAAUACUUAGAGGCAUAUGUGGAUAACGUGGACAUACAUAGACUAUCACAGUGUUCAAAGAACUCUGUCAUACAUUUAUUUUAUUUUUAAAUUCAUCACCACUUUUUUCCCAUUUUUUUUCCCAAUAAUCAUUACUGGUGCUUGACACUCCUCACGUUGUCAAACUCUUGUAAUGACUGAUGAACUGACUAUAAUAGUGUUUGGCAAAAGUGUUUACUGAUUUCGGGUUCUGAGUUUACAACUGCCACUCAUCAUUGUGCUGCCUAUCCAAGCUAAUAAUAAUUUAAUGCCACCAAGGCCCAGCUGCUCUGAUGAUAUCAGCAUCAGACCAAUUUCUUUGCUUUUACAACAUUUUCACUUUAAGAACCUGAUAUAUUGAGCUGUUUACGUCUUCACGGGAUGGAGCGAUGAACGGUAACAGGUACAAAUUAUUUUUGUCAAGAAACUUUCUUCCAAAGCCCUCAUGACGAUGAACAUAUAUCAACUCUAAGAAGUUUCAAAUAUUCAUUAUGCGCCGGGGAAAUCCAGUAAAACCAAAAACUAAUCUUCUGUGAAUGCAGGCUGACUCAAACAAUGCCGUCUCUCUAUGUAAUCCUAGGCAUAUUCAGACAAUUCUUCCAGUUUUUUUCAGACGCCUCUCUGAGAAAAUUGCUGGGUAAAAAUCUGUUUAUUUUCUAAGCCUUAUCAACUACUUUAAUUACUAUCUUCAGCCUCAAACUUGUAAAUAACUACCAUGAUGCCUCACCUCUGCCUGUAAACAGUCAUUAUCACACCAGUCCCUAGGCCUUCUGGGAAGAUACUGCCCUCUGCCAAAGCUAAAUAUUUCAUUCUUUCCUCACUCCAGUGUACCUGGAGUGCUAUUUUUCUGCAUUAAGAACAUGCUUUCUCAGAGAUAUGGUUUUUGGUAGCAAUUUCCUAUGAGAAAAGUCUGUGGCCAGAACUUGUUUUUGGAUAGUAGAUUGGAGUAGUUUGGUGGAGCACUGCUGGACCUGCAAUUAGUCUUAGUGGACCAAGAAGACUGCCUGUGGUCCUCACCUUUGCCUGCUUCUCUAUUCUUUACAAUAGAGCUUGAACAGCACAUCCUGUCUGCAGGGAGGGAAGCAGACACAGUGUAACACCCAUAUGUCUACUUACUGUGCACAGCCAUUCUAUAAUAUACACAUGGUGAACAGUCACCUUACUUAGAAUGGUAACUUACAACAAAACGACUCAAUUAAAAAAAAAUGGCCUUUGUUAGCAGGUGCUAAGGAAUAGAAGUAGUAUUUUUUUAUAGCAAUUCACAAAACAUAAGCUGAUGCUACAAAGAGCUCUGGGCAACCGAUUCAUUUGAAAAAAAAAAGCUAUAAUAAUAUCCAACCAUAGGAUUUUGAUAGUCUGCUGCCUUGUGAUGUUUUGCAUUUUCAUAACGAGAACUGCUUUUCUUCAAGCAUACAGGCGAGUUCUUUACAUGAGCCGAGCAGUGGAAACACAAGACUAAGCAUGAUUUAUGAACUCCUGGAGCCGCUCCAGAGUCGGUUAAUAAUAGAACAAAUCCUAAGACAGCAUGACGGCACCUAUUGUGAUUUACUAGGCUAUAGGAACAUACCCCGAUUUGGCCCUACAAGUAAAACUCAUUUGAAUGUAAUAUAUCUUAAGUGAAAACUAUAUAGGGCCACGCAGUCAGGCACAAACUGUCAGUGGACCCUUGCCAAAAAAUGUCACCUGACGGUGUUAUCGCUUGUCGCCUUUUACAGUUUACAGAGACGCCAUUGUGUUUUUGUAGGCGCUGAACUCACUUUCCAAUGUCAAAGCAGAGCAAUUUAAUUUCCAAAGUGGAUUUUCAUUUUAAUAACGAUGACGCUGCAGAUAUUCUCGAAAAGUUGAAGAUGCCAUAAACAAAGUUAAAGAUGCCAUACUUCAGUAAUACUAAUAAUGAACGGUAAUAACCACUGUUACUAAUCCACAUAAUCAGAAGUAUUUCGUACCCCCACCUCCUGCCUCCUGCUCUCUCCUUAUCUGUAUGCACCGUAGUCCAUGCCAUCUAGUAUCUACACCGUACACACAAACACACUGCCAUACACCACGACACUAUAAAUUACUCUGCAGACUUGUGACACUUUGCAGAGGUUUGUAAUGGCUUUGAUCAAUAAUUGAUCAAGAGAAUCUUCUGACUGUUCCGAGAGUAUGAGGAGCAACGAAGCGACCGAUUUCCUUUUUCUCACCACCUCAUGGCAUGAAGGGAGGGGGACAAAAUCACUGCUUAACUCCACACAACUCAGCCGCUGUAUAAUGUAUGACCAGGCUGCAGUAACAUGCUAUUGACUUAGAUCUGAAAUACCUGGACAGAUACAAUCUAAAAAGUGUUUUACGGUCUAUUUUCUGGGCUGCGAAUGAAGUAUGUACUUAAAAAAACAAAAAAACAAAAACAAAACCCAUUUAUAGUGGCAGUACUGUGUACACGCAUGCAAAAACAAUCUUUUGUUGUAUGAGUGUGCGCUCUUGCUGUGUGUUGUUUUCCUCCUAAACAGAAAAGUUUGCUUCAUGUGUCUCUGCCCUCUCUCCACCUACUCAGCCUCAGGGACCCCGAAAAGGAAGGGAAAAGUAAAACUGCGAGUGCUACUACCUUGAAGAUUCUUUCUAUAUCUGCAGGUGACAUGCUGUGUUAGAGCAAGACUGAACCGUGCAUACUGUGUGUGUGGCGUAUGGGAUAUUAUGUGUGUGUGGUUUAUAUAGGUGUGUGUGUUUUUUUUCUGUUUUCCCCUCCCUGUUGUAAAUGCACCAGGUGCUAUGGCAGACUGAGCAAAAGACAAUAGUUGUCAGCGAGAGAGAAGGAAGACAAGCAAUGGGGGGAGGAAGGGGGAGGGAGAAAACGAGUGAGACAAAGACAGAGAUAGGCAGUAGGUAAGUGAGAGUUGGCGGAGGAAAGUAAAUGAAAAAUUCAUACGGCUGCAGGUCCCAAAAGCCCUUCCGUCUUUGCCAGUAGUGCUCAGCUUCAAACUGCUGGGCAGGGGUGAUGGGACUGUGCCAGGGAAAUGGUAGGUACGCUCACACACACGCGCACACACACUCACAUAGACUAAAGGCUUUGGGAGGCAUUAUCUAGGUAUCAGGAGUAAGCCUUAAAGUACCGUCAAUGUCAAAACAGUCCACAUAUCAAGCAACAAGAAGAUGUUGAGAACAACAUUUUUUACUCCUCCAGUUCCCUUCACAUUGACCGUUGUUAGGUCCUCUCUAACAGUAAGUACUGCAGUGCAUCGCCUCUUACUGUAUGUGCAGUUAUCAUAGUUAUGGAUGUUACAUUUCCAUUUUAUAAUUUAUACAUUAAAAUAGACUUGGAAGGUAAUUCGAUGCAAACUAGGCUAAACAGGAACCUUGCUGCCACCGUAGGUCUGGCAUUAUGCAGGCACUUUUAGAGUAAAUCGAAAACCUGUAUAAUUAAAAAGUCAGCACUGAAAUGCAUGCCGGGGAAAGAGCCUUGAGCUUGAAUACCCGAACAAAAAGAAAAAAAAAUGACAGAGAGAAUGUCAAAAUAAAUAAAAUGAGUGAGAAUAAGAAGCCUCCCCGUCUUCUCUCACCACAGCACGGUUGCCAUAGACACUGCUGCCUCCUCAGGAUGCCAGGGCAGAGUUAGAGGAGAUAGAGCAGGGGAAGGAAGAAGAACUUUAAGAUUGUAGAAAAGUGGGUCAACACACAUCUAAUGAUUGUCUUUGUACCUCUCUUUUUCACACACACACACACAAAUUAGUCUUUUUUUCCUACUGCAUUUGACUGUGUUUUUUCUCCUUUGCUGAGAUCAAACAGACUGGAAGGUGGUGUCAAAAAUGAGGAGGGUGUUGAGAGUCCCUUUAAAGGUGAGGGAUGUUCUUUAACAGGAAUGUUUUUUUAUGAUUGUCCACAAAGAGAUUCAUGUUGCUGAGACAAACUAAAAAAAAAAAAAAAAAUGUGUUAAACUUAGCAUUGCAGUUAAGGUUGCCCUUGAGUUUUCUUUUUGUUUGUUUUUUUACAAACAAAUACAAGAGUAUUUUCAUUUGCGUAGUAUCCAAAACUAAGUUCCAAACCGAUAUUUGUUUAGUAAUUAUUUUAUACCUGCCAAAUGUGGGAAAAAGGACAGUCAAAUGCGUGGAGGCAUUUUUUUUUUCUCAAUCUAAACUGAAGCAAAUCUUCCUGUAUUUCCCUUAAAGUCUUCAAACGGACACAAAGAGGAAAAAUUAUAAACCUAUGCAAAUAAAGUUGAUAAUAACAAUAUCAAAGUCUAAAGAUCAUAUCAUAUCAAGAUAUAUCAAAUCAAACUAAGAGUAAUAUUAGAGUAUUCAGCAUUAAAGGACAUCUUCAGGUGUUAUUAAAAUACUCAUGUCAUAACAGAAUGGACUCUGACCAAAACGGGUCCACGCAGUUUUCACAUCUGGCCUGUUACGAUAGAUGUCAAUAAUAGUUUGCCCCUAUUUUCUAGUUUUACAUCUUUUAAUUAUUAAAAGGCCUUAGUUUGAUCUAAGAAUGGACAAAUACAGUAGGUGUUUGCACUACAGUAUUAAAGAGUAUUAUAUCUAAAACUAUCACAGCUUUAUUUUGUAUUGAACACUGAUGUGGCCCACCUAUGAAGUGAGAGUGGCCCUCCUCAAAUGUCAGUUUGAGACCCCUGUCGUAACAGAACAAAAUAUUUCAGUUAGCCCUGCUCCUGUCUUUGUUACUGAUGCUAUAGUACCUCCAAACUUAGCAGCUCACACAGUUGACCUACUUAAAUAAACUUCACCUGAAGGCAAUGAGACACUGAACUGCAGCAGGAAAACAAGAAACACAGUCUGACAGGUGCACAGCUGGUGGUGGAGAAAUUCUGUUAUGAAGUAUCAGGUCCCUGGAUCCACACGUGUUUUUGAAAGAUAACAUAUCAAUAUUGGCAUUCGGUAUGAAUACGAACUUUGAUAUUUCAAAGUAGAUAGACUAUUAAAAGACAUUAUAAUGAUUAUCUUUUUUUAUUAUUUGUUUUAAUUUUUAAUUCAUAUAUCAACCAACCACAGCCUUUUAUGUAGUCUUGCUAAGACUGCAGCAGUGGUCAUAUUAAACAGAAAAAGGAACUGAACUCUUUUUAAACAUAUUUUCUUUAAAUCUUUUCCAGACAGCAGCGUAGUAGUACUAGCACUGUAAUAGUAUACAUUACUGCAUUCCACCUGACUCUUCUGAUGCCAUUACAAAGAUUGUUAGAUUCAUUUUGUUUUAAGAAGCCGACCAGCU